AUGUUUUUAAACAGCAGGACAUAUCUAUUUGCUCCUUUCCUUCUAUUACUGGAAAUUGUUGUUUGGGAGUUGAGUGGAGCAAAUGAUAGCGAACUUGAAGUACAACCUUUAUUCAACAAUGUAGAUGUACUCAGAGAUGGUGAUGUUAUCACUAGAGAAGUUCAAAAACGUGCUAGUGGAACAGUAAAGCGACCGAGAGCUGCCGGUUUUGCAAAAAACGUUGGCGCACCCCCGAUUACUCCUGGAAAGCCAGCGAUAGACUCUGUUUUCUAUAGCCGUCCCAGUAAAGAUAGGAGAGCGAUAGGUCAGGUAGGUGCUAUGUCAGCGGAUUUUAAUCCAGCUCUUCUUCGUGGAUAUCGUGGGAAUCCAGGAAUCAAAAUCCGUGUCAACCGGCGUACUUUCCAAUAUGCUAGUACAUUACUAAACCAAAUUCUUGAUCGAGAAAUCGUAAAUAUUCAGAUACCUGAUGUACGCACAGAAAUUAAAGAGGUCUUCGGUGAAGCUACGAUAUGUAAUAUCCAUGUUUCCAACUAUCGCUCGCCUCAAUGCAUAAAUAUUUUUCCAGCACCACCAAACCAUAUUGUUCUUAAUUUGGAAGACUUCGACAUUGGAGUGACAGGUAACUUAGACGGUAUCGCCAGAAUAAUACUUCCUAUCCAGCUUUCUGGUAUCGUUCAUGCUAACUUCUAUCACGUAUCAGUCACUAUAACAGUGAAGCUGGAGCGUUCAGUGUCUGGAGCACCUCAAGUGGUCUUAUGUGGUUGUAAUAUGGAAAUACCAUUUGCCGAUGUGUGCAUACAAUGUGGUGGUCUUUUGGGUAAUCUGGCAAAUUUGUUUUUCCGGCAGCAAAUUUCUGAACGAGUACGUUCUAUGGUACCAGAUCGCUUUUGUGGAAUGUUACCACAGGUAAUCAAUGAACGGAUCAAUCCUAUGUUAGCUCGCAUACCACAAUCGAUUCCAUUUACACAGUUUGCAACCUUAUUCACAAAUUUUCUUGGAGGAUCAGUACCAGCUCAUUGUCUCUCACAGCAGUGUCAAGCACGUUCAACAACACCAAAAUUACCGCCAAGCAAUAGCGGUGCUGGUGCCCUUCCACCAAGAAAUCCACCAUUGCCACCGUUCAGUCAUGGUAUUAAAGGAGUUAGAGGUUCCAAAAACAGUAUUGCCAAGGUUGCAGCAUCUGCUCCAACUCACACAAUUGCGAAACAAGUGCAACGGAAGUUUGAAGACAGUGUUGAAACGAAAGGGAAAAGAAUGCAAUUAUCUGGAACCGGUGCUGAAAAGCGAAUUGAUAGUGAAACUUCUGCUAAAUGGGGUAACAGCGUUAAAAAUAAAAACCAUGUAGAAUUUUCCGCUGGCAAUGGAUUAGUACAAGGAAGUAAUGCACAAUCUUUCCGUCAACCAAUUCAAAAGGUUCUCAGUACUCGUGUGCAUCCUUUUGCAAGGAACAAACGAGAAGCAGUAGGAUUUGAAAGUUCGUCGUCAAAUAACAUCACCGAUUGGUCAAGAACUGUUCAUCCAACCGUUCAAUCACAGCAAACUGUAGUACUGCACUUAAUACCGACAGAACUGCAUGUUAAGCAAUUACAGCAGCAAAAGCAUAAGCAAAAUACGGCUCAGAAAUUACUGCUCCAAUCAUCGACACUUCCGCAGCACAGUUCAAAAGCCUCUGGACAAUAUACCACUAUAUUAUCUAGUAAUUUUAACAGAUCGGCAGUGCGUGGUGUGCCGGUUGCCGUACAGGUUUCCAAAGGAUAUGAUAGACUUCCGAGUGAUUACAGAUCAGGUGGGAUACACCAACCUGCUGGAAAAAUUGGUGAAUGGAGAGGAAAAAGUAGCGACCCGUGUGCUGGAUGUCCAACUGAUUCUGCUAAAGAUUCAUUUGGUGCUGUUCGCAAUCUUAUCAAACAUCAACUCAAUCUGAGGAAAGUGGCAAAUUUAGUGUUGACGACCCAGUUACUACGGUCUUAUGCAACAUAUUAUGAUUAUAACUUAGACCUGAAUGGGGAAUUUAGUCCUAAUGGACGUGGUGGCACACCAUUUGGUCCAUUCCCAAUGCAGUGGCCUACGCCAAUAGGAUCACCAAUGAUUGAAAUUCUGAUUAGUGAUUUCACAGUCAAUUCUCUUCUGUACUGGAUGCACAAAGCCAACUUUCUGUCAUUCCGGAUAGGACCAGAAACACCUGGUAUUGGAGCACUAUUAACAACGACGUGUGAUGUCAGCAACGACUAUUCAGGAGAGGAGUUCGAAAACGAAGCAUUAUUAUUACGGUUGUUACGUUUAAGUCAACUUCGCCGUCGUUAUUAUCUUUACCAUCAGCAACGUAGUAAGCGUCAGGCAGUUACGGGUAGCGAUUCCAGUGGUAGUAAUCUGGGAAGUCUGGGUGAUCUGGCCGAUCUUGGCAUUUGUCUGGGUGAUAUCAUACCAGCCAUCAAGGAGAAAUAUCCGAACACGACAUUAGCCCUUUCCAUAAAUUCAGCACGAGCACCUUCAAUCACGAUUAGUCGACGUGGUGGAGGCAGUAUACAAUUAGAUUCGGUAACAUUUAUUGACAUCUACUUGGAUAAAACAAAUGUACGAGUUGGUACUAUAACAGUGAUAACAGUUGCCGAUAUAAUGCUUCAAAUAAUGGGUCAGCGAAUCAUUGCAAAUGCAUCGUUACCGGUACUGAAAUUGAUAGAUCGAGAUCAAACACUGGGCCUACAGCAGGAUGCACUUGAUAAUUUAGCCAGUUUAGCGAAAGACAUGAUUUUACGGGCAGCCAAUCAACAGUUCAAUAGAGGUAUUGAAGUAUCUUUGCCGACAUCAGGUUUACCUAUAAAUGUAGUUAAUCCACAUAUUCAAUUACUUGAUCACGCCGUUUAUAUUGGUAGUGAUUUUACAGUAGCACCAUCAGCAAUACAAAUGAUUUCAUAA